AUGCACAGGAAUCACAAAGGAGGUGGGAGUGCAGUGUUGCACGGAGAAGCUGAAGCAGUGCCAGAAAUAAGAUGUGGUUAUUUGUUCAAGUCUCCUCCUCCGAUGCGGCUCAAGACGGAGAAAUCGUGGAAGAAAAGAUACUUCGUCUUGUCCAAAAUCAACGGCCAAGACCACCAGCUCGGAUACUUCAGGAACUCAGAGGACAGAGAACGUCCACUCGGAGGGAUCGAUUUGUCACAGGUAUCUCUGCUGUACGUGAGUCAUCAGCAGCACCCCAGACGGCGCUGGGUGCAGAAGAACUUCCGGUGUCCUCCGUCCUGCGUUCUCUUCAUCAGGGCGGCUGAGCGAGACUUCCUGGUGGGUCACAACAGUGAGGAGGUGGACGGAUGGUUCUGUGAUGUCUUUGAGGUUCUCAGAAACAGACCCCACAAGGUUCUCAAUCCAGGGGGGGAGGUGUUCACAAAAAGGCCCUCAUCAGCACGACAUCUCUCAAGUGCUUUAAGAGAAGACGAGGAUGAGGAGUUCACAGCUGAGAGUCUCAUGAUGUCCGUAACUCAAGUUUUUAACAGGUUAAAGUCUCAGUUUUGUCCACUGGACAGUGAAGACAGUGAGAAUGGCGCUCCAGUAUGUCUGAUGCAGAAUCCAAGAAAUAGACCCAUCCUGGAGACGCAACGCUCCACUGAGAGCAUCCCAGAGGAAAGAGAUGCUGCGGUCAAACAGGCUGAUUUGAAAAAGCAUAUAUCAGUCAGUGAAGUGGAUGGAAAACCCUGUGUGUCUGGAUGGACAGGCCAGCCUCAGUGUUUGUUCCACAAAGGUGACCAAAUUGUGGCCAUCAAUGACUUGCACACAGAAAGUGUGGAGGAGUUCAACAUGUACAUUAACAAGUCACUCGAGUGAGGUGAGAGUGACCAUCCUACGUCAACCUGGAUGUCCACCUUUGCAUUUUCAACUAAUAUUGUGUCUGCGCAUGUAUGAACAAUUACAAAUUAUUUCCUACCACUACUGUAAAUAAAAUAAAACGGCAUCAGCAUGGCUUCAACAGAAU